GACAGCCCCGACGAGGUUGAAAUUCUGGAGUACCGAGAACUGGGUUUUGAGCCACUUCUGAGAAUGAUCGCGUCGGAAAAAGCUCAAGCUGAGUUACAGCAGCAUCACUAUGAAGAACAUCAUGACGACGAUCACCGACGAGAGUCACGUCAGUACGAUGAGGACUAUCGCAGAGAGUCACACAACCACCAUCGCAACGAUAGUGACGAGGAGUUCACCUUUGAAGAUGUGGAAUACGUUCAUGAGAGGGACGACGCAGCACAUCUUCAUGAUUCAGACAUGAGGAAGCAUGAGUACGAGGCCUACCAUGAACCGGAGCGUCGUCAGUCCUCAAAUGAUCGCAUCAUCACUACAGCUACCACUACCACUACCAAUAAACUCUAUGAUCCGUAUGCAAGUCCUGUAGAGACGCGUCGUCAUGAUGAUGUAAGCGAGGAACUAAUAAAGCAUGUGGUAGAACCGAUGAUUCGUGAGAUUAUGCGAGACACAGUGCUCACGGAUAACUCCGCCCACUUCUACGAGUACACUCCCACUUCUACAAGUCAUACUCAUCAAAUGAAUACGGGAGUGCGUUCUAAUGACCAAUCGUACUACACGCGCUCGGUGUACGACAAGGAUCACCAUCAUCAUCGUGAAUCACCUCUUCUUGUGGACACGAGCCUACGUCGUGACACGAAUGAAGUUGAGAUUCGAACUCGAAUGCAUUCUUCUGGUCAUUCGACGUUGGUUCGUCACAGCCAGCGGCCAAAUGUGGAUCUUCCACCAAACAGUGGAGUUGUGAAACAACUCCUCCAAAAGCUCGAGACGGGUCAGUACAAUGAUGAAAGACGUGAGAAACCACACAAAGAGAUCAACAUUUUCGAGAGUCUGGAUGACAAUGGCAACUACAAGGAGCACGUUCUGCCGCCUGUACCGGUCAGCGAAACUCAUUACCAUCAAUUCCAUGAACUGCGUUACCAAGAACCACGCAAGGUCUCUAAGAAUACCGCAAACCUGCAUCAUUACGAGCAUAAGGACCAUAACGAGGCACAUCAUCAUGAUUCUGAUGUUGAACACCAACAGCAGCACGUUACUAAGAAGACUGAGGCUCGUGUAGAACAUGUUCAUGAUCGCCGUCACGACGAAGUUGCUCAUGAUCAUUAUCACAACCACCAACAUAGUGAAGAUUAUCAUCGCGGAGAGUAUCAUGAUGACCGUCAUCACCAUGAGCGUCGUGCUGAUCAUCGUCACAAGCAUCAUGAUGAGCAUCAGCGUCAUGAACAUCGUGAUUACCGUACUGAAGUUUAUGAUGACCGUCACCAUCACAAACAUCAACAUGAGCACGACCAUCAUCAUGAUCACCAUCACGAUCGUCAUCACGACCACCAUCACAAGCAGGCUGAAUACGUCUACGAACCAUCGGAGUAUAGCGUAGAAUCUGUGGAUGAAAAUCAACUAAGCGUCUCCGAGCUGACCAACGUGUUUGGAGGUGCAGUCAAGCUGCGCAAGCCCGAUAAUGUCGAAGAGCACAAGACCCACAAACGAACCACAUCCAUCCAUCGUAUUGACGAAGUUGUCCACACGACGACUGUUGGUGGAAAUGUUGUGGAUACAAGAUCCCAGGUGGUCUCUACGCAUGCAUAUCAGCCUCAGGCCAGGGCUGGUCCACCUACUGAGCAGUAUAAGGCAUCUCCUGUUCACCACUACACUCCACAGCCUGUUCAGCCUCACAAUAUACCAGCAGUAUUACCCAAGGCUGCUCCAGCAGUUGACCCCGUGACUGUGGCACGUAUGCCUCGUAAAGAGAACGCGGAUAAGUUCAACUCUAUUAGAGUUGUAAGGAACGUUCGUGAUUUCGUCAACGUCUACGGGCGAAAGGAUUUCGAUUCGACAGAAGUCAUUUCGUCCCCACUUUCACCAAGAAGUCCUGUUGUUCCAACCGUGCAGGAGCAGAAGGUAGCCGCUCCAGUGCAGGCUUUGCCAAGGACAAAUGUCGCUGAGACUCAUCAACAAGUGCAACACGUUCAGAAGAAGCAGACCGUCGUCAAAACAGAUGUCCAGCACUACCCUAAGGUGGAAGCUACUGUGCAACAGCGUACCGUAACCCAUGUGUCUACUUCUCAUGUGCCAGCACUAUCAGCUCCGCUUCCGGUCGCGCCUGUUCAGGUUCCAGUUCCAGCUAAACGUGAGAUGCACCUUACCGCUCAGUCGCCCACUUCACCUAUACAACUUCCCUCCUAUCAUGCAGCUGUUGUUCCGUGCUGUUGUUGCAGCCAUCUAAUGCACGUUCAGCCUCAUUAUCACGCUCCAGCUUUGGUCCACGGUACUCACUAUGUAGCUCCAAUGUUACCGUACAACAAUCUCGACAUUCACCAUACAGGACACCAGCAUGAGCACGACAUGCACCAUCAGCAUGCUCACCAUCAUGUAGGCAUGGACCAUGAACAUCAUCUACAUCAACAUGAGUAUCACAAGGGAGAUGCUCACUCCGACAAGCCCUUCAAGCUGGUCCCGGUCUCGCAACGUCGAGCUGCAUACGAGCAAAUGUCCACUGAAACAGCUUAUUCCAAUACUCAAGAAGGACCGAAACCUAUGAUUGAUAUUUUUAGCGAUUGA